AGCAUACUUAAACACAUGGCAGGUGUGAACAUACGUUCCAGUCUGUACUUCACCAACGACCGGUACUAGUCUAGAUACAACCACGAACUUAUAUACACGUCCAUGAUACAACUGACUGAAGGAAUGCGACAGAAGAAUCUCCCACCCAUCCACCUUAUAUUCGCCACAAUAUUACUGCAGGGUCGAGGAUUUCGCCUCAUUCAUUUCAUGUAUUCACCCUUUCGUGCAGUCAAAAAGACGUGUCUGGAGCACAUGGAUAGACGUGGAAGAUGACAAGGCCCGCCAUUCACACUUUUUUCAGGCUGUAGCGAGCAGGUCCACACAGGAUGAUCCGUCCACUCUUUAUGGAUCUUAAGCCAUUUGUGCAGCGUGCUCCAUUAUUGGAACGGCAGUCACGUGGUAGUUAUUUAUAUCCCUCUGCUCAAGGCCAUCGUCGGGCUCCGACUUUUCGCUCACGUCUGCUUCACGUCUGCUUCCUGGAGUUCAGUCAGUCCCGUCGUGCACUGAGUUAGUCGCUUUGCUGCAGAUAUUUGCUUUGCUGGGAUCUCCUCGAGAAAUGAUGUGAAUUUUCUGCACACUUUUGAAGAAUCUUCCGACGACAGGAGCAAGGCCUCCUGUUCCUGGUUCUCGGGGACGCUAGUUCGCGACACGGUCUCUAUCUGUCUUUAUACAGGAAUAUAAAAAGAUACGUGAAUGUCAACCAACAGAGUUUCACCUGAACCCACCAAGGAACCUUCGAUUCACUCAUGGGGAAGCCCAAAAUCCACGACUUUACAGCAAGAACACACACAGAGUGAGAAAAAUGAAAUGGGUGGAAAAUGGCAACAACUUCUAGCUUCAAUAUGUUCUCGUCUGGACUACGGUGCAAGAGAAGAAAUUGACUUUCAGAACGAAAUCUUGGAUCGGUGUUUUGGAAACAGCGGUACAAAACAGGAAAGCCAGGAACAAAAAAGCAGUGGGAGCAGCAAUACAGCAAACGAUAACAUGUGCGACAGUUACCCCGUGAAGAAACCCUUGGUUAUAUUAUACUUAUCUCAAAACAGCGUCCCCUUUAUUCUCGCGAGGUCUAGAAGAAAAAAGAAUGCUUUUGAACGUAUCCUGGCGAACUGUGUGUUCACUGAGGAUGUCUGGAUUUUCACACACGCUCAAACGAAAGACUACUUUAAGAAAUUCAAAGAUGAACUGAAACCAAAAAACUCUUCGUUCUUCUUCUUCUUCUACACUGACUCCAGAACCACAAAACAGUCUUUGCAGGAGAUUUCUAAGGACAUGGAUGCUUUCUUGAUUUUCUUGGUUAAGGAUCAGGAAGAAACUUUCUACAGCGAUGAAAAGACAUCUGUGAUAGCUAUUGAGGAUUCUGGUAAAACUGAAGCUCAGGAAGCUGCCAGUGAAGACUCCUGCAAAGUUUUUGACAUCAGCAUUAACAUCAGUGCCAGGAACCGUCUCUGUGAACUCAUCCUUGACAUUAUCAAUGAAAAAAAGUGUCCUGAACAGAAAUAUCUGCAGCUUGCUUUGUCCUGGAACUGUUCUGAAAAGGCACAAGACAAAUUGCAGUCCUGGGAUUGUUCUCAAAAGACACAAGCAAAAUUAGAGUCUGGGGAUUGUUCUGCAAAAUUGGAGGAAGAGAAAGAUCAUAAGGCAACACAAACAGAAAAUGAAGGAUUGGACGAAGAUGAGGUAACAGAAUCAGACAACGAAGGACCGGCUGACGAUGAGGCAGAUGGCCUUUUGGACCACCUGAUGGAGAAAGCGUUGAUAGAAGAUCGAUAUGAAGUUGUUCGUACAUUUAUGAUGAAAGGCGUCAAAAUAUCAAGCUUUCUAAAGCAACACCAAGCCAACCUAUACUUUGUGAGCGAGGAAAACGAUCUCUUCAAAAAACUUGAAGCUGCUACAAGAGACAAGGAACAGGGUCAAGACAAGGUUAAAAAAUACGUAGAACAUCUUCUGGACGAUAUUACAAAAGAAAAUAAACCAAGUUCGCAUAAGGAAACACAAAAGGAUAACCAGAACAAAACACAACCAGAAAAGGAGCGACAGGCCAAAUAUCCGAAAGAACCAGAGCAGCAAGAAGUGGCCAAUGCAAAGUGGUCCGCAUUGUGCUGUUUACGGCCAUGCCUUAAAUCAGCAAAAGCACCUAUAACUUUCACGGAUCCGUUUAUUUUGGCAACACAAACCGAAGGUGAACUAUGGGCGAAAGAUAAGUGUUCCGCAUUGUGCCGUUUACGGACACGGCCUAAACCAGUAAAAGCACCUAUAACUUUCACGGAUAAGGCAACACAAACCGAAGAUGAACUACGGGCGAAAGAUAAGGAUAAACAGAUUGACCCUAGGCUAAAUGCAGAACCAGAACUCUUCCUCUUCCUGUGGGCUUUGUUGACAAUGAAGUUUAACUUGGCAAAGGUCUUACUGGAUGAAGUAAAGGACAAGACCACCACAUCGUUGGUUGCCUGCGCUUUGCUGAAGGCCAUACAGAAUAGGACUAUGGAAGACGUGAAUUUCCAAGACGAGCAAGAAGAUAUAAAUCAAAACAUUUUGGACUUUGAAGACCUGGCGAUAAAAGCAUUGAAUAUAAUAUACGAAAAAAAUCAAAACAAGACAUACAGACUUUUGAAAACUAUACAAAACACUGACUACUGGAGUAAUGUCACCUGCUGGGAAAUAGCAGAGCUCGCACGGUGCAGAAAGUUCAUUGCACAAGAGGCUUGCCAGAAAUUUGCCGAUGUCAUCUGGGAGGGCAGACUUUCCUUGCACGAAAGCGAUAAUGAUAAACAAGAAAAUCAAGAAGAGUCCAAAGAUAAGAGUAUGGCAUGUACUGAAAGUGUCUUCGCCCGUGCUGUGUAUUUCGUUUGCGCCAUCUUUGUUAUCGUCCCGAAAUUCUGUUUGAUUUUUUCACACAACAAGAGAGGAAAAGAACAGUUGGAACAUGCACUCGUUCAGCUUGUCGACAGAUGGCCACGAGAUUUCAGCAAUCCGUCCUUCAAGUUUUACAGUCGAUGGUUUUUGUUUAAUGGCUUUUUGCUGCUUUAUGCCUACGUUCUGAUGGUGCGGGUUUCUGAAUAUGAUGUUCAACCUUCGGAAAUCAUUCUCAUGAUUUGGUUCAUCACACUAUACAUAGACGAACUCCAUGUGUCAUUUGAAAUGGUUAGGCGACGCAAAAAUCCUCGUUUUUCUAUGUUUCUCUUGCAACUGAGCAUUCUCAAUGUUACAAACUACUGGCUGGGAAUUAUUGGAAUCAUCGUCUGGUUCUGUGGUUCGAAUGAUACUUUCCUUCACAUAAUCCUUUGCCUUAACUUUGUUGGAUUCAUCAUACGCCUUUUUCACUUCUUAACCAUCAACUCCAAGCUGGGCCCAAAGAUCUUCAUGAUUAAGCGGAUGAUUAUGGAGAUCAUUCUCUUUUUCGUCAUUUUCCUGAUCCUUUUCAUCACAUACGGCAUCAUCAAGUACUCACUAGAUAACAAAGGCGAAGGAGUAGUCAAUUCUUCAGUAGUGCUUGCUUUGCCCGUGGAAGCUUUCUGGCUCACGAUGGGGGACAGACCUGAGGAUGAUGAUGUAAAUGACGAAGACCCUAAAGUAAUCUUCCGAGGAAUAGUGAGAGUAGCCUACAUGAUGUUCACUGCCGUUCUCCUGAUCAACGUACUCAUCGCCGCUUUCAACUCCUUGUAUCAACGCAUCGAUGACCAGAAACAGGAUGUGAGAAAGUUCCAAAAGUUUCAGACAAUCGUCAAGUAUUCAAAGGCAAGCGUUUUCCCACCGCCAUUGAAUGUUUUCUAUCUUGCUUGGUGCCUGAUUUGUUAUCUCAAGCUUGAGUGCGGAGGCAAAGAUUCUGAAAAUUCCAAGACUGAUCAAGAUGACUUUAGAAUGAAUGUGAAAAAAGAGGACAAAGAGAAACUUCUGAAAUGGGCCAAGGUAACUACGGAGUCUCCAAAGCAAGAGACACCUAAAACUAUUGAAGAAAUCAUGAAUAAGGUCUUGGACAAAUAUUACAUUAAACGAAGACUGGAAAAAGAGAGAAGAAAACAUAAAGAACCUGCUAAUGAGGCUAAGGAUACAGAAAAGCCGCCCGAACAGAUAAAGAAAUUGACAAAGCUUGGCGGAUCUGAGAGUGAAAACCUGAAAACUGUGGACAAAAUGGUCAAAAGCGCUCACUACCACGCUGCUGAGGACACAGAAAAUCUGUCCAGGCCGAUUAAUGAAUUGACAAGGCAUGCCGAGUCUCAUAGUAAACGCCUGGAAGAUGUGGUCAGAAGUCUCAAACACGCUGAAACCCAGGCUGCCAAGGAUACAAAAAACAUGUCCCGGCUGAUUACUGAAUUGAAAGACCUUCUCGGAUGUCACAAUGGGGUCGAAAUGGGGUCGAAACCCCAGGCUACUACGGAAGCAGAAAAUCUGUCAGGGAAAACUGAAAAAAUAAUAGGGCUUGUCGAGUCUCUUAAUAAACGCCUGGAAGACGUGGUCCAAAUGCUCCAACGCACUCAAGCAGCUCUGUCCUCGCAGACGGCACCGACAAGCCAUGUGAAGUCUCCAAGGCCGGCAACUUCCCCAAGAAUGAAGGGGCGAAGGGCAGUAUGCGACACUUGUGCCACAUACGGCAGUUGUAUAGCGUGUGGCAACUUUCUUAAACUUACACCUAACCUGGUCUCUCCUAAGACACCUAGCCAGUCACCGAGGGCACAACCACGGAAACCUUUCCUCUGCUUGUAAAUUGACUUCACCACGCGAGUUUCUCACUACACCUACUACAGUAAAACGCCAUCAUCUGAAGACUUUAAAAGCAAAGUGACCCACUAGCCAAGAAGAAGUGUAGGGCGAGGUUUUGUGAAGUGGAGGAGGGCAGAGGAGGGGAGCCGUUGGGUGCUGGUCGGGGCAGAACCUUAGGAUGGACAGCACACAUACCAGCCUUGCUUUUCGUUCCUCUUUCCUGCAGCAGAGUUCAGGGACAUCAACACUAACUUCAUUUUGUUGUGCAUAUUUCCUUUUUAGUUACAUCAGCUGUUUUUUAUCAAUUUUUUAUUUUUUUAUAGUUAGGGCUUUGACCCUAAGGACAAUUAGCUAAUUAAUGAUCUCAAUAUCAGUUAAUAGGAGCAGCAAAGCGUUUUAAAAAACCCGUGUCAAUGUAGACUCAGUCGAAUAAAAAUAACAUAUUUAGUUUUCUGGGCAAAAUUUAUUUCACUGUAAAGAACCUGUUUUCUCGUGAGGGCUUUGUACAGCGACUGGGGAUGGAGAUUAGAUGCUUUAUAGUUUUGUACUUACUAGUGUGACUAAUGAUUGGGAAAAUUUCAAUUUGUUGUUGUUGUUAACAUUUUUUGGUUCAGUAGGUGUUUUAUGACUGAUUUAUUUGUCAAAUUGUAAUGUUUAUUUAUUUGAUGUAUUUUUAAAUUAUCUUGGAGUUCGUAUAUAAUGUAUGGGGUUUGAAAGUGUUAUGAUGAUGUAUUGGCAAAAUCUUAGAAAAUCCAUAUUAAGACUAAAAUACUUUAGUUUUGAACAUGCAAAGAAGACUUAGGGCAGCGGUUCUCAACCUUUUACUUGUGAACCCCCCCCCCCCCCCCGACGAACAAAGGUACGUCCGCGCGCCCUCCUUAGCCAGCAAUGUAAGCUAAUUUCACUAAUACCGGUAUAAGAAACUUUAAAAAAAUGACCACCUUCGCGCUCCCCUUGUAAGCACCGUUUGAGAACAGCGGACUUAAGGUACACGAAUACUACAAGCUUCAAAAUCAUGUGUCACAUGCUAUCAAUUUAUCUGGAUAUCGGAAGUUACGAAAUACGGAGUGGAUAUUCCCAGGUAGGGUAGUAGUUGGGGGAAGGGAACAUGUACAAGAGCUGGAUAAGACUAUCUCAUACACAUUAAGCCAGACAACGGUGAUAUAGAGCCUGACAACACUUUGUAUUCUUAAUAUCUCUAACACCAUCUCUCCGCACAUCCAACUGUAGGGAAGAACUCUAGGGAUGGAAAUGGGGGAUUAGUCAGAAUUACAUUGAAGCUAGAAGCUGAAAUAUCCAGUGUCUUAGACCAAAGAGGAAGACCAGAGGAAGAUAUUGCAGGUUUCUUGUCCAAUCAGCGUGCCAUCAGUUGUUGGCCACUCAAUCAAGCCGCUUAGGUGAGUGUUUGAAAUUCCCCUAUUGGUAAGUCUGGGUCGAGGUAGGGGUGCAAAUAUCUGUGGGAGCAUGGUGAUGCAUGCAGUUGACAGACGUACUUUAUCCUGACAAAAAUUACUAUUAUUUAUAAAUCAAAGACGGAGAAAUGCUGGAAAAAAGUGUAAUUUUAAUGAACUUAAUGGUACUUGAUAACCGGGUCCGAUGGCAUGGUUUAGUUGUGGCCGGCCCUAUGCUCCACUUGGGGUAAUUAGGAACAAGAAAACAAGAAUGGUAGUUGGUGACUUAGGUAGAUUUCUAUUCGAUGUUAUUGCAAAAAUUAGGAUGCUAUGGUUUUGGUAUAAAGUGGUAGACCCUUUUAAUGCACAUACAUUUUCUAGUAUUGCUUGUUGGUUUACCCACAAAUUGUAUGCAAAUAGCAAAAUCCAUUCAGAGUGUUAUUGAGAAAAAGAUUUACUUAAUAGCUUCGGGAUGCCAUGAGUUUGGGAGCAGCAUGAGAAUUUAGAAGUCUCCCUGAACUUGUUUCAAUAUAAAGUUUGAAGAUGUUUAUUCGACGUGCAUAUAUAAAAACCGUUCUCUGGAUUGUUUAGAUAUAUAUAUAUACGUUAAUGAUUGUAUAAAGUAUUUUUCUCAUGUGAAAAAUAAAUUACUUUAUUACCUGUUACAUUUUUAAAAUUUGGAACCUUGAAUAAGAAUCUUCAAGUCCAGAAUGAAUCUUGCAAUGCAUCAAGAGUUCAUCGACAUUCUACUUUCUGUAAAGCCUGUGAUACCGGAGACGAUUUUCAGUAUACUGUAUUCUGAUUUUUAAAAAAAAAACAAAAAACAUUUUUAAAAAUUUAUCUAAUUUAUAUAGACUAUCUGUGAUAGCUUUCAUAAGUAAUGUCAUUAGUUUUGAUAUGUAAUGUCAGUAGCUUUAGUCCUGUGAAUGAAUUACAAAAAAAUUAAUAUCUUAGUCAUCCUUUGUAUCAUUAUUAAGAUCUAGUUUCUUAUAUAACGCUGUUUUAUAUCUACUUUUAUUAAAGCUCUGUUUACAUUUAUUUAAACUUUAUAUAAGGAUAUUGUGUGGGUGAACUGUUUAUUGUGUAUAAUUCAAUUUUCCAUACCCCUUAAGGGGUAAAUGAAAAUAGUCUGAUGUCUGAUGCUUACAAAAGUAGUUCUCACUUUUAACUUAAAACCCACAGGACGUCCUAAAAACCACUGAGCUGUUGCAGACAACUCUUGGGGAUGUUAAAGCUUGCUUUUUCAUUUUGCUCUGUAUUUGUCAUGUGCUUGGAGCUAUUGUUCUUGAUAAUGUGUAUCGUUAGAGGCCGCUGAUAAAGUUAGUGAACUGAACUGUAGUAUAUAUCUGUAAACUAGACUUCGGCAUAAAGAUUAUUUGUGAACUAAGCUGAGUUGUUAAUAAAAGAAACAUAUUCGUAAAAGAAUUCGUGCGGAAAAAUAUCUUUGUCGACUAGGCUAUGUCUGAAUGAGAAUAGUUUGAACAAAUCAAGCUUCAACGGUGGAUAAAACGUCCAUUGUCCUACAGCCACGAUGUCAUAUAAAGGUAAGUUCGAAUGACUUUUAUGCAGUCAUAUAGCUGUACA